CUCUAUAACUUCUUCUUUUUUUUUUGCUCUUUUGGCCUUUAACGUUCUUGAAGGCGUUGGUUUUCCUUACUCAUGCAAUUGUCUACUAUUCUUCCGCAGACAGGCAACAUGGAUGAGAUUCCUGAUCAUGGCGGCUUGCACUAUAUUGAUCUCAUCAAGUGCAACCUCCAAUUCGUCCACGGCAGAGACUGCCUCUUCGAAGUCCUCUCCCACGUCAAGGGCCCCAACAACUGGCAGGUCAACGUCCUCAAGAGCGACAUCAUCACCCCGCGGACCAUCGUCUUGUCCGACGGCGGACCCAGCUUCAUCGAGGUGCUGGCCAAGCUGCACCGGCGAUCGGCCGAGGCGCUGGCCACGUUCCUCGGGGAGGACAACGCCGACGACGACACGAGCGCGUGGGUGAAGCGCCAAAAGGUCGAGGCGCCGGCCCAUCAGCAGCAGCAGAAGAAGAAGAAGAAUCAGCUGCCAAAGAGGGAAGUUGAGAGGUCCCGAAACGGGGUCGAGAAGCCGCCGAGCGUGGAUGGGGACGAGGCAAAGGCGGCGGCGGCGACGACGACUUCAUUCUCACUGCACACGGAUAAUCUGCACUUGAUGGAGGCAGAAGAACAAGAAGCGAGUCUGCCUUUGGCAAACAAGACCGGACGGGGGAACAAUGCAGCCGCCGCCGCCGCGUCGUAUCGGUUCAGGGGCUGGAGGUCGCCGAGUCCCCCCCGUGAAGAGGACUUUGAGCCUGUCUCGCGGUAUGAGGACAGCAGUCUUCGCCCCAAGGGCUUCAUCUGCCCCAACUAUGGGCCGGCGAGCUCCUUUUACCGCGUGCCCGAGGGCCGCAGCGAGGCGUACAACUAUUGGUCGAAUGUCAUGCCGGUGAAGCCGCUGGAGCAGAAGGCCGCUGAGGGGGUGAGCAAGCCGCUCGAGGCUGGGGGCUCGGGUUCUUCUCUGGUUCCAGCUGCUGCUGCUGCAGCUGCUGCUGCUACUUCUGUAUCUACUGCCACUGCUGUGGCGCAAUCUCCGCCUCAGUCGCCCGACGAACAGGGCAAGCAGCAGGUCAACGUGCUCCUCUACAUCGCCUGGCCGCUGUACGGCUGCUCCGCCAUCGUCGCGGACCAGUGCGGGCUCAGCGUGCGCGAGCUCCAGGGCCGCGUGCGCCACAUGCUGCGCUCCAACGGCGCGGCGCUCUUUGGCGAUGACCUCGUUGGCGCGGAGCCGUCGAUCGUGAUUGGGCCGGACGAGGCGGCCUCUGUUUGUGACGAGCCCGGGAGGUUUGAGUUGGAGAAGGCGGUUUGCUGGUGAGCUCCGGGUUGAGGUUAAUGGUAUGAGGGAACAUCAGAUUGCUACUAUUUGUCACGG